GCUAUCAUAUUAUGUUAAAUGAUCAAUUCUCCUAAAAUCUCGAGAUGUUAGGAGGAGGGUUUACGAGGAUCAUAUUAUAUUGUAACAUACUGUAUUACACCAUAAACUAAACCACGCAAAUGGUUGGAAAUCACUGUGAAUGGGUUUUGGGUGGUAAAGAUGUAGAUAUGUCAUACAUAAAAUCCAAUCAACUCAUUAGCGUGCUGAACCAGAAGUGUCACUAAAUCUAUGUUAUCAGGUCAGUGGAAUACCUAAUUCAAACUAAAAACUAUGUGGAAUAUCAAGAAAGCCAAACAGUUCCAGAUAUUACAGACAAUUUACAUACUAUAAAUUUAUGUUACAAGCUGUACAGAUUCAGAAGCAAAAUAUUCUUUUCCUUGAGAAAAAUCAAUGGCAACUAAUAUGCUGAUAACCGGAUUUUGCAUAAUCACUUUCAUCUCAACUCUGUCUCCAACCCCUACAACUUCCCUGCCUUUCAUCGUCUUCCAUGGCAUUGCAGAUCAAUGCAACAGUAAAAGACUCCAGAAUUUGACAGCAACUUUAAGUAGCUUAUCUGGUGCUCAUGGAGAUUGCAUCGAGAUUGGAAAUGGAGUACUAGAUUCGUUCUUCAUGCCGAUUGAGAAGCAGAUUGAGAUCGCCUGUAAGAAGGUGAAAAACAUGAGUAAACUCGCUCAAGGUUACAACUUAGUUGCGGAAUCCCAGGGUAACAUGGUGGGAAGAGGAGUCAUUGAGUUAUGUGAUGGAGGGCCUCCUGUGAAGAACUUCAUAGCAUUAGCAGGUCCUCAUGCUGGAAUAGCCUCUCCACCACUCUGUAAUGUGACCCGGUCAUGUAUCAUUCAGGCCAGUUUAAUCAAUCUAGGGGUGUACACUAAGUUUGUCCAGGAACGUUUGGCACCUGCUGGAUAUAUCAGAAUCCCAACUGACAUCGAGGGUUACAAAGUUGGAUGUAAAUUUCUGCCAAAACUAAACAAUGAAAUUGCUGGUCAACGAAACUCAACUUACAAGGAAAGGUUUUCUAGUUUGCAGAACGUGGUGCUUGUCAAGUUUGAACAAGAUCGCGCAUUGGUACCAAGGGAAACAUCUUGGUUUGGUCAGUAUGAAGAUGGAUCCUGGAACAGAAUCUUGCCUGUGCAACAGACAAAGCUAUAUACUGAAGACUGGAUUGGUUUAAGAGCUUUGGACGAGGCUGGAAAAGUGAAAUUUGUAAGUGUAACUGGGGAUCAUCUUCAGUUCUCACUCUCUGAUAUGCAGAGACACGUAAUUCCUUACUUAAUUUCAGUGGAAGAGUAACAACGAAGUAAAUUUAUACUAUACCAGCCGAUCUUACACAAUGUCUAUAAAGUUACACUACAGAUGCACACUUGAAAAUUCCCUAAGAUGUAUUAGUAACAUUCUUUGCACACGAGCAUGAGUGCAUGACUACACAUAGAGGAAAUUAUAAAGUGAAUUUGUGUCAGUUGCGAAUAAUCUACAUGACUCAUUAUAGCUAAAUUUAAGUGAUGCCAUAGGCACUGUGCAAGUGUCGAUGAACAAAGUUUUCAGUGGACCUAAACAUAUAAUUUCCAGUAGAGAAAAAAGCUCUCCGUUCCUACGAGGCCAGUUACUUGAACUCAGAGAAGUUACAUAUUUACGCCAAACACAGCUGGCAAAAAUGAUCCAAACACCACCUACAUAUGGAGCACCACGUAUCCGAUUGAUCUUAGGUAACUUUACUUGAAUCUUGAGGUCGGUUAUAUUUGUAGAUUUCUAAUACUGAUCCAUUCGUACGUGUG